CCUGAAUACACAGUACCUUCCCGGCUUCUUCUACUUCUUGCACCCGACUCGAGAUAUUGAUCGAUUUGUCAUUAGUGCUCCCCACCCAUCUGGUGUGACUUCUGCCUCUUCAAACCCUUGUCAUAGUUUUGUUCAUAUUCUGUAUAUGUUGCCGACGACCUGUAAUUCCUGAACCUGGCUUGGGUGACGACUACCGAAAUCACCGGCAAUUCACAGAUCGUGGGUGAAUGUCACAUUCUUCGUUCUGCCUAUUUACAGAGUUGUAUCGUCGGAGAAGUGGCUCUUGCAAUUGGGUUUGGUCAUCAUCAAUUGAGCUUCUGCAACAGGAUCUACCUUGAAUUCUGAGUACAGACACUCGAAUGAGCACAACACUCGUGACCGGUACUGGGCGGCGCUCGUCUGUGCUGCUCUCAGAGCUACAGAUUCCAGUGACAACAUCCAGUCCACAACAAAUACCAAUGACAAGCCCGAUAGACAAAUUCCCGCAAUUCAGCGACGAGUCGUUCGACACACUAACCGAGCCAAGGGAACCUCACUCAGGUCCCUCGAUCAGAUAUGCUCCGACACGCUGGGAGCCGCGAAAGACGGCGCAGUUGUCUUAUGAUGAGAAGGCCGUGCCUGCGCGAAAUGCGAGACAGCGAUCAAGAAAGAGUAUCAGCGAGGCAAUAAGCACCAUUAGGACUCGCAAUGGUAGUAUGAGUGCGAAUGCUCAGGAGCUGGCGGAGGCACUCAAGGCACCAGUUUCAUACAGGUUAAUUACUCUCUGUCUCAUCUGGUACAUGACCUCGGCUCUAACAAACACAUCCUCAAAGUCGAUCUUGAACGCGCUGCCCAAGCCAAUCACCUUGACCAUGGUGCAAUUCGCCUUUGUUUCUUUCUGGUGCCUGCUAUUAUCGUUCAUGUCACGAUUACUACCUUCGCUCAAAAAUAGCGUACCAGCCCUUAAGCAUGGCAUUUAUAUACCAUCACGUGAUAUAAUUGUUACCGCUUUACCUUUGGCAAUAUUCCAACUAGCAGGGCAUAUUCUCAGUUCCAUGGCUACCUCACAAAUACCAGUCUCCCUUGUCCACACCAUCAAGGGAUUAUCGCCUUUAUUCACAGUCAUGGCAUAUCGUUUGCUAUUUCGGAUUCGCUACGCAAGAGCGACCUAUUUGUCUCUCGUUCCGCUGACUCUUGGUGUUAUGCUCGCAUGCUCGACAGGAUUUUCGACUAAUUUCUUCGGUAUUCUUUGCGCGCUAGUUGCAGCUCUUGUCUUCGUAUCACAGAACAUAUUUUCGAAGAAGCUAUUCAACGAGGCGGCGCGUGCAGAAUCAUACCUUGAAUCCACAAAUCGGCGAAAAAUGGACAAGCUGAACUUGCUCUAUUACUGUUCCGGUCUUGCAUUUAUCCUAACCCUGCCCAUCUGGUUCGUUUGCGAAGGAUACCCUUUGAUAUCAGACUUCCUGCAGGACGGUGCCAUUUCAUUAACAGGAAAGGAAGGCUCUCUCGACCAUGGUGCUCUGUUCCUCGAGUUCGUAUUCAACGGUGUGUCGCAUUUUGCACAGAACAUUUUGGCAUUCGUUCUUUUGUCUAUGAUAUCGCCAGUGUCAUACUCUGUCGCAUCAUUAGUCAAGAGGGUAUUCGUUAUCAUCGUUUCGAUCGUCUGGUUUGGGAGCUCAACGACCCUUGUGCAAGGACUUGGGAUCCUGCUCACGUUUAUCGGGCUCUACCUCUACGAUCGAAAUAGUCAUGAUGAUUUAGCCGACCACAGAGCCAAUGCUGAUCGGUUCCGCGUCAAGGAAAUGGUGCUUCCAUUGAAUGUACGGACCACAGCGAAAGCUAGGCAGCCCAAUGGCUCCGCUUCAGCAGCAAGCAAAGUGCCGGAGUAUCAGUCCUUGGACGAUUUAGACUCACAUACAAAGGACUUGAAGGGUGAAGACGGCCCAGGUUAUAUUCGCCCAAGGGGGAGCAGUAGUUCUUGGGGUUGGCUGCCCCCGGGCACCCGACAAGAGACUACAUGGCGUCCCAGUGACUCUUAAAAGUACAGUGCGCCUCGUGUUUUCUUUUUCAUACUAAAUUGUAUUUUACUUUGAUUUAUGGCGGCCGAAUCUUGUUUGUAAAAUCAUGAUAAGUGACACGGGCGAUCUCCGUAUUUCGAGACUUCUAGUGAUUUCUAGAGCUAAGGACGUUCGGAAUAAUUUCUUCAGGAUAUCGCCGCCUGCCAACGCGU